AAGUCACUCACAAUUAACAACCCGAUUUAGAAACCAAACUAACAUUCUUGAACCCAAAAUAAACCACAGAACAAAGCAAAACUAACAUUCAAAUCUCAAAGCCAAAAUAACAUACACGAUUCUUUGUUGCAGAGUGAGAAUAUUGAAGAUGAAGUUUCAUGUCAUCUUUAUUGCCAUUUUGGUUGCACUCUUUGGUCUCUAUGAGUUGGGUUUAUGUACUCAACAACAUCCUAACAAAAUCAUUAUCAUGAAAAUGGGAGCGGACGAGGACACUCCCAAAGUUGCUGAGAUCGAAAGCCUCGCUCGUUUCGCCGUUCAACAGCACAACAACAAAGAGAACACUCUUCUUGAAUUUGUAAAGGUAUUGAAAGCCAAAGAACAGGUUGUAGCAGGUAAAAUAUAUUAUCUUACCUUGGAAGCAGUUGAUGCCGGAAAGAAGAAGAUAUAUGAGGCCAAAAUUUGGGUGAAGCCAUGGAUGAACUUCAAGCAGUUGCAAGAAUUCAAACUUGUUCAUGUCAUCUCUCCCUUUAGGAGUUCUGGUCUGGGUGUUAAGCAAGAGGGAAACAAAUUAGGAUGGCAUGAAAUGCCAAUUCAUGAUCCCAAUGUCAAAGAUGCUGCUAAUUAUGUUGUGAAGUACAUUGCACAGAGGUCCAACUGUCUGUCUCCGUAUGAACUUCUGGACAUUGUUCGAGCCAAGACCAAGGUCAUUGAAGAUUAUGUCAAGUUUAACUUGCUUCUGAAGGUAAGCAGGGGAGCUAAAGAAGAAAGGUUAAGGGUUGAAGUAAAUAAGAAACUAGGAGGAUGGUUUAAUGUGAGCUGGCUGAAACAAGAUCUCUUCUGAAAGAAUUGGCCAUCCUUAUAUUUAUUGAUGUAAGUGGAGUGAUGCUUCUGUUACCUAAUAUAUGAAAAACUUGUACUAUGAACAUGUUCUUGCAGAGUUGUAUAGUUGUUAAGGAUGAUAUUAUAGUACGUAUACAGACAAAAAUUUAGAUACAUAAGUAACUUGCCUUUGGUAUUUUAUCUAUAAAUAGUGAAACAUAUCAUUGGCUGUAUUGAAAAUUCAUUUGUUCUACUGUUACCUCU